AGUUCCUGAUUCUGGGGAGGGAGAUCAGAUGGCGACAGGACAAGUGGCAUUCCUUCUGUUCUGUUCAGGGAUCGAACCUUCGCAGAUUCGCAUCGUCAGAGGAACUGGUAACUGCGGCUGAUCAGAGGCGAAAGUUCUGAUUCUUGAAACGACCCAGAGAACACGACCGUCCAAUCCGCUCACUCGAAGAAGCAAACGUGUGUUAGUUGGGUCUUUCUGUCGAAACCCGUUGUUUCUUUUUGGGUCGGGAUCGGGAUCGGGAACGGGAAAUGGGUGUGGGGUUGAAGGGAAUGAUGGGUUCGCAGCAGUGAUGGAAAUGAUGAUCUGGGUCGGGUCAUUUUGAGGGAAUCUUGGCGUUGAUGGAUUCCCUCGUGCUUGGUGGGGCAAGAAUGGCGAUGCUGGAUUUGUCGGGGGAGGAAUUUGGAUGUUCUUUAUCUUUCUUAGCGAGCUUCUGGUAGAUGGGUUCCAGCUGUGAUUGCUGUUAAAGUGUUUUUCUGAAAAGGGUUUGGCUGCCAUUGGCGCGGUGUCUCGUUUGGCCUUGAUUGCGUGCUGCUGAAUAAUCAGAAGAUGGCUGGGCCCAGCGAAGCGAGAAAUUGGCUAGAGGGUCUGGUGAGGGACGGAUCGCUUGGGCGGUGGAUGGGAAGGCGGUCCCCGUUCGAUGAUGAAUUCGUUGAUGCGGGAACGUCUGCAGCUGCUGGGAAGAACUGGAUGGUGGAGCUCUCUCCGAUUGCAAACAUUGUUGUUAGAAGAUGCUCAAAGGUACUUGGCAUUUCUAUGAGUGAACUUCAGAAAAGCUUCGAUGAAGAGGCUCAUGAUAAUGUGAAGCAUCCACAACGUUAUGCACGGAACUUUCUGGAGUUUUGCUGUUUCAUGACACUUUCUCUUUCUGUACGUGCUACUGCUCAUCUGGCUGACAAGAAAUUCCGUCGACUGACUUAUGACAUGAUGGUUGCCUGGGAGAGUCCUGCAGCGUCCAAUCUGCCUUCCCUUAACAUGGUAGAUGAAAAUGUUUCAGUUGGAGCAGAGGCUUUCUCUCGUAUAGCUCCUGCCAUUCCUAUUAUUGCCAAUGUGAUUAUUUGCAAAAAUCUUUUUGAGGUGCUUAGCACUUCAACUGGUGGAAGGCUCAAAUUUCCCAUCUAUGACAAGUUCCUUUCUGCAUUAGAAAGAGCUCUGAGGAGAUUGAAGAGCCAGACAGCUUCAUCCCGCCUUUCUGCUGUCAGAUCCUUGAGAGGAGAGCAGGUCCUUGAAGUAGGUGGAAAAAUCGCCAGUCAGCCAAUUCUUGAACAUGUUGGAAGAUCCACAUGGCCUGGUCGGCUUACCCUGACAGAUCAUGCACUUUACUUUGAAGCUUUUCAAGUAGUAUCCUAUGACAAGGCAAAGAGAUAUGACUUGUCAGAUGAACUAGAACAAGUUGUUCGAGCAGAGGUGACUGGUCCAUUGGGUACUCGAUUAUUUGACAAGGCAAUCUUGUACAAUUCAGUAUCCUUAUUAGAACCAGUCAUUAUCGAGUUUCCUGAGAUUAAAGGUCAUAAACGCCGGGAUUAUUGGCUGGCAAUUGUCAGAGAGAUUCUUUAUGUGCAUAGGUUCAUAAACAAAUUCCAGAUAACUGGUAUUGAAAGGGAUGAGGCAAUUUCCAAGGCUAUUCUUGGAAUCUUGCGUGUACAGGCCAUUCAAAAUAUGAAUACCUCUGGUCCUCUCUGCUAUGAGGCUCUUUUGAUGUUCAGUCUUUGUGAUCAACUUCCAGGGGGAGACUUAAUAAUGGAAGCACUAGCAAAGCUGUUAUGCUUGAGGGAGUCGGACAGAAGUAAUUCUAAGUUCAACAGAAGGAUGUACUCAAUGUCAUCUGUCUCCAUGAUUUCCAACUUGGGCUUUUUAUCUGGUAACAGUUCAAGUCAUCUCAGUGAGGAAGGCCUUCCAGUUGGUGAGAUCUCUGUGGGGCAGUUGAGUUUUCUGGAAAGAGCAGUAAAGGAAUCUGGGGACAACUACAAGGAAGUGGUAGUGGCGCGAGAAUCCUGUGAUGGAGCUAAAGUCAACGGCAUUGAUACAAAUUUAGCAGUAAUGAAGGAGUUAAUGUUCCCCAUUAAGGCAGUUGGAAAUUGGCUUCUUUCUCUGGCAUACUGGGAUGAUCCUUUGAAGUCUUCGAUAUUCUGUCUGAGUUUCACUUUCAUCAUUUGCAGGGGGUGGCUCGGCUACUUCUCUGCACUGGUGCUCACUGGUAUUGUGGCUUUCGUUAUGCUCGCACGGCUUCAAAACCGAGGGAGGCCCGCUCUUGAGAUUAAGGUAACGGCACCACCAGCGAAGAAUGCAGUCGAGCAGCUUUUGGCUGUUCACAAUGGAAUCUCUCUAGCCAAAGGGCUUGUCCAGGAUGGGAACAUAAUCCUUCUCAAGCUACGUGCAUUAUUGUUUUCUUCGCUUCCUCAGGCUAGCGAGAAACUUGUCCUUGCUCUCAUUGUCUCAGCUUUGAUAAUCGCCUUUUUGCCUGGAAAGUACACGGCGCUACUCGUUUUCUUGGAAAUUUUCACCAGAUAUUCUCCCUUCAGAAGAAAAGGCACGGAAAGAUUGAUGAGGAGACUGCGGGAUUGGUGGUUCAGUAUCCCAGCGGCUCCAGUCAUCGUGGAAAGAAAGGAAGAAGAGAAGAAGAAAAAGUAAAUGCUGUAAUUACGCGCGUGCACAGUUUUUGUACAUUACAUCUUCUCCAAUCUGUGUAUGUCCUCAAAAAUUGAAUGGGGCAAAAAGAACAUAGAUAACUAUAGGAGCUGUAAUAUUGAAAGGGAAAAUGAUGAUUUAUAACUGAUUUGAAAUAGGGAUGAGCACCAAACCCUGUCCAACCCAGUAAUUGGACUGAAUUGGCAGGUUCUGGGUUGUUCCUGGUUUCUUGUGUGGAACCCAACGGACGGAAUUACUAAGUAUACUGAUUCUUUUGAAGUGAGUAAGAGAAGAGUUUUGCAUAAAUAGAGUCCAAUUUUUUGGACCGUUUCUUUA